UUAGCAUCCUUCGCUAGCGCCUCGCCACCACUGUUGUUCGUCUUCUUUGUUGACACUUUUUUCAAUUCGUAUCUUGUUUGUGCACUUUAUGCUCCGAAAAUGGGUAAUUUAUGUGCCUGUCUCGCACCCAAAUCAAUGAAGAAAAAACCCACCAAGCGCCUUCACAACCCACCUCCGACCACCAAUUCUACCAAAAGAUGGACCCGAGUUCGUUCUUCCAGGAAAGAAAAAUCCGAUGCUGUUCUGACUCAAGAGCAAGUUCUCGCCGCCGCGAUUCUGUUCCAACAGCAGAAUGGCCGCGACCCUUUUGAUCGGACCACUUCUGUCCGGUACCCGAAAUCAGGGUCGAAGAAUAGCAACACUCUGCCGAGGAGCUCUAGUUCGCGGGCUCGGGCUCUUACCGAUCCCCUGCUUCAGCCUCAUCAGCUUGUUAGCGAGAAUGUAAAACUUGAGGAUAUAGAAACGAAUCAUUUUGUUCUUGUCCAUGGUGGUGGCUUUGGUGCUUGGUGUUGGUAUAAAACCAUAGCACUUCUAGAAGAAGGGGGUUACAAAGCUACUGCCAUAGAUUUAGCUGGUUCUGGAGUUCAUUCAUUUGAUCCUAAUCGCAUCACAAGUCUUUUGCAAUAUGUGCACCCGCUUACUGAUUUCCUUCAAAUGCUUCCUGAGGGGGAAAAGGUUAUCUUGGUGGGACAUGAUUUUGGCGGUGCAUGUAUAGCAUAUGCAAUGGAGUUAUUUCCUUUUAGAAUUUCAAAAGCCAUAUUCAUCGCUGCAGCAAUGUUGAGUAAUGGACAGAACACUUUAGACAUGUUUUCUCAGCAGGCUGGUGCAGAUGAUCUAAUGCGGCAGGCUCAGACAUUUUCAUAUGCAAAUGGGAACGAUCGUCCUCCAACCUCUAUUAAUUUCGAGAAAUCGUUGUUGAGGGACUUGUUUUUCAAUCAAUGUCCUGCCAAGGAUGUGGCUCUGGCGUCUGUAUCAAUGAGACCGAUGCCAUUUGCGCCUAUUUUGGAGAAGCUCUGCCUUACAGACUUAAACUAUGGAUUGGUCAAGCGGUUUUACAUAGAAACUCCAGAAGACAAUGCCAUUCCCAUCACAUUACAGGACAGCAUGAUAAACAAAAGCCCCCCACAACAGGUCUUUCGGCUAAAAGGUGCAGAUCAUUCCCCUUUCUUCUCAAAGCCUCAAGCUCUAAACAAGCUAUUGGUAGAGAUCUCAAAGAUCAAAACACCAUCAUAGCAUCAUUCGACUCGGAAACGACUCAGAAAUCUGUGAAAAUCUUCGCCCGGAUCGUAAGGUCAGAACAUAUGAAUAAUGUAUAGGCUCAUUAAACAUCAAGAACAGUAAAAGUUCUGGUUACUUGAUUAAAAAAUGAAUCAUGCUUCCUUUUACAUUUGUA